GCCGUCUUCCUGAAGGACAACGUGCCAACUGUCAAAACAUAACGUCCUUAUUCAACAACGUAGUCUACCAUUUACUGUAGGGUUUAUGAAUUGCUGUGCAUGUUUUGGACUUGAAACACUUUCGAAAGUGAUUAUGCAGUCACACGUCUGAUUCAACAUGGACAUGAGCCCUGACUGUGCUGCAUCUGUGAUGUUCCUGCUCCUGCUCCUGUGACGCGUGUGUGUGUGUGUGUGUGUGAGAGAGAUGGCGGUGAACUUGUCGUUUGCGGCGUGCGGGUUCCUGGGCAUCUACCAGCUGGGUGUGGUGGGGGCGCUGCAGCAGCAUGGGCGGAGCCUACUGGGGCGUCUGCACGCGUGCGGAGGAGCGUCGGCCGGAUCACUAGUGGCCACCGUGCUGCUCACCGCACCACACAAGCUGGAGAGUUGUAAAGACUUCACGUAUCGCUUCGCUGACAGCGUCAGGAAACAGGCCCUGGGAGCCGUAACCCCAGGUUACGACUUCAUGCAGGAGCUCAGGGAUGGCAUCAACGAGAUCCUCCCCCAGGAUGCGCACCUGCGUGCUGAAGGCCGCCUCCAUGUGUCCAUCACACACUCCAAAACACGCCGCAACCACAUAGUGACCAGCUUCAGCUCCAGAGAGGAACUCAUACAGGCCCUCUUAGCCAGUAGCUUUGUGCCGUUCUACGCGGGGCUCAAUCCAGUGAAGUUCCAGGGACAGACGUGGAUAGAUGGAGGCUUCACCGACAGCCUUCCCAUCAUGCCCGGCGGCAGGACCAUCACCGUGUCGCCCUUCAGUGGCCCCUUGGACAUCUGCCCCACACACACCGGCCGCAGUCCCCUCAUGCUACGCCUCGCUAACAUGAGCGUCCACUUUUCCCGCCAGAACAUUGUCCGGCUGAACCAGGCGCUCUUCCCUCCGACGGAGAGUCGCAUGCGAGCGCUCGGCCAGGAAGGAUACGAGGACGCCGUCAACUUCCUGAAGAAGGAACGCUGGACCUCCUCCACUUCCUGAAGAGGGAACGCUGGACCUUCUCCACUUCCUGAAGAAGGAAUGCUGGAUGUUGUCCACUUCCUGAAGAGGGAACGCUGGAUAUUGUCGACUUCCUGAAGAGGAAACACUAGAUAUUGUCGACUUCCUUAAGAGGAAACACUAGAUAUUGUCGACUUCCUGAAGAGGAAACACUAGAUAUUGUCGACUUCCUGAAGUGGGAACGCUGGAUAUUGUCCACUCCCUGAAGAGGGAAGUAUUGUAUAUUGCUCACAGAUAUUGGUAUCGGUAAUGGUAACGGUAUUGGAUAUUGUCCCCUUCCACUACCCUAUCUGUUUGACUCCCUGAAGAGGACUUUCACUACUGCUCAAAGAGCGUUUUAUCAGCCUUGGUCAGAGGGGUUCUGUUUUGGGUUUUUACCCAUUGACAUUAUAACCAAACAUAAGAUUGACCAAGGCCAACCAAUCUAUGUGAUUUGGAAUCGCUGCUAUAAUCCUAGUGCCCAAGGUUUCAUGAAGUGCUCAAUGCCUUUUUAAAAGAACAAAACAAAAAAAAAUUAAGUAUUUUACUUGAACAGACAUUCAUUAUUUUUUCUGAAACAGUUUAAUUGGUUAUUGUGUUCUUUUAACAUUCUACAUAAGUGUAGAAUGUGUGUGUGUGUGUGUGUGGACUUGGGGUGUGUGUGGAAUCUUUGUUUGUUUGUUUGUGUUUGUUUUUAAUUCUGUUAUUUAAUACAUUUCAAUAAAGUUCCACAUGCUG